AGUAGAUCGCCACUUGCUGUGACUUUGACUCUCAAUCAGACCUCACCUUGGAGCUAGAUCUCAAAAUUACUCCCCAGAAAAGGGAGAUCAUCAGGCUCGCUCGCCUCCGACAUAUACCUAGAUACAUUUUCAUAUUCUCGGUAUCACGUGUCUCUAAAGUUCCUCCACCUUUGCAACCCCUAGACGUUAACUCUCAACUCUCUGAAAUUUAAUUACCUCGACAAAACUACGCAAAGAUGACAUUGGACAUUGAUACAAGCAAAGCGCCCACGCCCUUGCCGACUCCUCGCUUAACAAAAGUGUCUUCACGAGUUUCUCUGUUGUCUCCAUUAUCCCGGCAAGGAUCUGGACCAGGCUUGAUCAUCCUGACUUCAGAUUCAAAAGAUAACUUAGCCAUCAAGCAAGGUGUGCCAUCGCUUCUGAGAAAGUGGGCGGAGGAAGGAUAUUCUGUUGUCGAGAUCCAAGAGAAUGCGCUUCAGAAUGGGAAGGCUGAAGAACUCCUAGAGAGAGCAGUUUCUGCUCUUUCAGAAUGUGAGAAGUGUGAGCCAAAAGGAGUGGUCGGGCUUGUAGCCUACGAGCCCAAGCUGUGGAAUCAAGUGGCAUCCAAGCUCCAUUCCUUCAAAGAGAUAGUAGCAGCAAUUCUUUACGCUUCUGCGUCUGAAGUUUCGUCUCUUGAGCCAAGUCAUUUACCUCUCAUCCGACACGUUGCUGGGAAAUUUAAGGCAACUCGAAGUCCUCAGCUCACCGACUACGAGAACCCUCAAGUCAGCAGCUAUUUGUUUGCGACGCCAUUUCAAGACCAUUUCAACUAUUCAGCUGAAGCAGUAUCUCAUACUCGCAAUCUCACUUUCUUGAAGAAGCAUAUGAAUGGACCAUUCUUUGACUUAGAGGUAAUUUGGGAUGAGCAUACGUAUUUUGAAUUUGAGAAUCGGAGUGUGGAACAUACCAUGGCGACUAUGGUUGAUGAGCCUUAUGUCAAUCAUAUACCCACUAUAACUGGUGGCAUUGGAAGAGAGAAUCUGACAAGCUUUUACGCGCAUCAUUUCAUCUUCAAAAAUCCAGAGGAUACGGAGCUGGAACUUAUCAGUAGGACAAUUGGUGUUGAUCGAAUUGUUGACGAAUUUAUCUUCAAGUUCACGCAUCAGACAGAAGUCGACUGGCUGAUACCAGGAAUACCUGCCACAAACAAGCGCGUAGAGAUUCCCUUCAUGGCUGUCGUCAACAUAAGAGGGGACCGUCUCUAUCAUGAACACAUUGCGUGGGAUCAGGGAACUGUAUUAGCGCAGCUCGGACUUUUGCCUGAAUACCUACCUUACCCGCAUCCACUGCCAGAUGGAAGGCAACCUGGCGCAGGGAAGAAAUUUGAAUACAGGUUGCCCGUUGCCGGUAUAGAAACUGCUGAGAAGAUGAGAGAUAAGAACUCGGUAUCUUCGAAUGAGAUGUUUGCAUUUGGGAUUAGAGAGGUGUGAAUAGGGAGAUUCAUGGAAAGUUAUCAACGGGUCCCGCUUUGAACAGUCCAAAGGUGCUGAGCCUUCUCGCAAUGCACUAUAUCAGUACAGACCCUGAAAUACAGCGUUGUCUAUAACUCGUUCGAGCGAUGAUGAACGUGGGUAGAGAGCGAGUUGUCGAUCUCUCGAACCUAACUCAAACUCUGAAUAUAAUGAACCCAA